AUGAGCAUGUGGGCAACGUGGACCUACGUGCUGCUGCCGCCGGCCGUCGUCUUGCUCAUGCUCCUCACGAUCCCGUUCCCGCGCAUGAUCGCCAAGGGCGUCGUCCGCUUCGUCGACAUGCUAUUCAAGAUUGAGCUCGCGGGCAUCCCCGUCGUCUCGGUGAUCACGUUUCUCGCGUUUGUGUCGCUCGCGGGCCAGACGUACGACCUCCAGAAGCGCUACACGCACCCUGCGUCGCGCUGGCGCUCGGAGCGCAACUGGUGGAUCAGUGCGCUCACGUUUACGAUCUACUGGAUGCUCAUUCGCUUCCAAGCCAUGAAGAAGCAGCUCCUCGCCGCGCAGCGCCGCGACGACUAG